UAGCCUAGGCAGGUUGCCUGCAAACGAUUCAAGAUGAAGCUGCGUGAAGCGUCCUUCAAUUCAACAUUUUGAAACUGCUCAUGAUGUUCGAAGAAAUGGAAUAUUAAAAUAUUCCAAUUUUUAGAAUCGUUGCGUGUGCGUAUGGUAGUGCCGGAUAUGGUGAUACCAAGACUAGCAAGAGUAAAAAUCUACUAGUACUAGUAUGGACUCGCGGUGAUACUGAUAAACGUUAGUGGCUAGCUCUCCAGCCAAAGAACAAACGCGGAAUCGGUGUUGUCGCGCUGUGGUCCGCCUCAAUUCAGUCAAACUCGAAGAAGACAACGGGGACAGCUGCUCUGUACAGAUUCACAACAAGUGCAUGCUCAUGUAACCAAAUACAGUAGUGUUGGUGCCAACGGUGGUACCAUAAUGGAAGACUGCAGGUCAGAGAACGGAGCUGCUCCUGCUGGCGAAAGGAAAUUGCCAAUUAUUGAUCUGAGCUUGGACGAGCAUAAGGCUGCUGCAGCUCUGAGAGAAGCAUGCAUAACGUUUGGUUUCUUCUACAUCGUCAACCAUGGCGUAUCUGAUGACCUGAUUGCUGAUACGUUCAAGCAGUCGGAGAGGUUUUUCUCGCAGCCACUGGAGGAAAAGCAGAAAUGUGCCAGCGGCGUCUUGCUAAAGGGUUACUAUGGCAUGGGAGAGGAAACUGUCGACCCCGUGAAGCAGACUACUGGUGGGACGAAAGAGUCGUUCGAGUUUAGCCAAGAGCGCAGUCCUGACAAAGCCAUAGCUACGCCAGAGCGUCCGUUUCAUCGACCGAACGUGUGGCCGGAAGAGGCAACCUUGCCUGGCUUCAAACAGACUAUGCUGAACUAUUUCGAAGGCAUGUUCGACGCGGGGAUGCGGCUACUGCGGGUGCUGGCAUUGGCCUUGGAGUUGGAGCCGACUUUCUUUGUUGAGCACUACACGGAUAGCGUGGCGACUGCCCGCUUGCUGCACUACGACGCAACGCUAUCGGACACAGAUGCUGGCCUCUACGCAUGCGGUGAGCACACAGACUAUGGCAUGAUGACGCUGCUGAAGACGGAUGAUGUUCCUGGCUUACAAAUCCAGUGGCCGGAUGGCGAGUGGGUGGAUGUUUACCCGCUUGAAAGGGCGUUCAUCGUCAAUAUUGCCGACAUGCUCGAGCACUGGACAAACGGCCUGUUUCGCAGCACGAAUCACCGUGUGCUGAACACGACUGGCCGGGAGCGCUACAGCAUCCCCCUCUUCUUCGAUUCCAACAUGGAUGUGAAGGUGGAAUGCUUACCCACAUGCUGCAGUGCUGAAAAUCCGGCCAAAUACGAUCCCGUCAUGUCAGGCACAUGGCUUCUGGAGAAAUUACAGGCCACAUAUAUUACUGCUGACGGCGGAAGCUAGAGUGAGCACCAGUAAAAAUCAAUAACAAAACAAGACUGGAUAGGAAAGAUGAUUGAAGUGGUCACAACAUUGCCAUGCACAUUUGGACUAUUACAAAUAUCUACUCCAGUUUUGGAACAACUCUCAGGGUUUUAUCAGAUUAUUUUUUAUCAGUACUCCAACUUGUGAAUGAAAACAAAAGCACUGAGCAGGUAACUUCCA